CUUAUAUUUCCUAAGACCGAUUUGGGGCAAUUGGAAUUUAAAAAACAAGAGGAGCCGUCUCAUGAGGCUCAAGUUGAGCAAUGGAUCGAAAACCUUUUGAGUUUGCUUCUUGAAGAAGGCAAAUUACAUUUAAUCGAAUGGCUUCAAGAAGUUUUACGCAAAUUUGCUGAAGAGAAUCAAGCUAUUGAAAAUGGAGAAGAGAAGCACGCGCACAAGCCUGAUAAUGCGGAGCAAUGGGACGCGUUAGCCCAUGAUGAACACUUCACGGCGCUUCUUAGUGUACUCGAGUUUAGAAAAAUUGUUG